CUUAAGCUUUCAAUCUCGACUCUUGCUCUGUCCAGACACUGCUCAGAUUUUGAAUAUUGGAGAAAUAAUUUCAUUCUGAGCCGACUACUCCAUUGACUGGCAUUUUUGCCAGACCACCAUCAUGAUUCGCGAGGACCUUAUUGAAUCUGCGGUUUCUUUCCUGCAGGAUCCCGGAGUCGCGGCGUCGCCCAUUGAGAGGCGGAUAUCCUUUCUCCAAUCAAAGAAUCUCACGUCGGAAGAGAUCGCCGAAGCCCUCGCUCGCACGGGUGAAGACCCUUCGACAAUACCGCCACCUACAGAUGCAAGUUCUACUUCAUCUGCAUCCGGAAAUGCAUACCAGAAUCAGCAGGUGAUACGACGGCAGCAGCCGCCACCGCAAUGGGGACAUGGAGGCUAUCCGAACGGUUUUUGGCAGCCGCCUCCGCCUGAGGUUCCGCGCAGGGACUGGCGAGACUGGUUUAUCAUGGCUACCGUGAUGGGUGGAGUGUCCUAUGGCCUCUAUGUUAUCGCAAAGCGUUAUAUCUACCCUUUGAUUGCACCCCCAACACCACCACAGCUAGAGCAGGACAAAGCCUCCAUUGACGCCUCAUUCGAGAAGGCGUUUGCGCUAUUAGACCAACUCGGCUCAGACACCGAGGCACUCAAAGCAGCAGAGCAAGCACGAACGGACAGGCUAGAUUCCGCAUUAUCAGAAGUUGAAACAGUCAUCUCCGAGCUGAAAGCUGCGAGUAGACGACGAGAAGAUGAAGGCGACAGAAUUAACCGGGAGGUGAAGAGCCUCAGGACGAUGAUUCCCAAAGCAAUGGAGGCGCAAAAGGUCAAUACAGACACCAGAUUACAGGAGCUGAGCACCGAGCUGAUGAGUUUGAAAACUCUCAUCGGUAACCGCCUUGGUGGAAGCUCUGUCGGUGCUAAAUCACCCGGCGUCAACAUGUUUGGUCCUCAGGGAACUGCGAGUGUAAAUGGCAGUGGCUUCAAUACCCCAGGUCAGGCCACUCCAUCCGUUUCGGCCGGUGGAGUGAGCUCAGUGCAAGGAACAGGCGGCAGCAGCAUCUCUCAACCCGCGGCCCCAGCCGCGGCAACAAAACCUGAAUCAUCCAGCCCCUUUCCCCUAGGCUCUCUCGGAGCCAAGGCAUCAAUCCCCGCUUGGCAGAUGGCUGCCGCAAACAAGAACAAGCCUGCCACGGAUACUCCAGUAAACGGAACCGAAAGCAACACACCUGACGAAGCUUCAGGAAGCUCGUAGGAGCAAGCUUAGGAUAUCAUUACUUGUUUUAAAGUCAAUUCUUCUCUGAUAUGCUUUGGAAGCGUCCGAACAUGGUCAAUUCGAAAUUUCUUGCAUUCUUUGCCCAAGAGACCGGGUUAUCACGAACCUGCUAUUGUACUGUAUUUUACUUCAAUAAUAUAUCUCUGCCAUAUUAAUUCCAAAUAACUUC